AGGCGGAGAUGGAGGCUCCCACUGGCUCUUGACGGCCCAUCACACAAUGACGACCCCCAUCAAGAGACUGUAGUACCUCUGUGGUCCUGUGGAGGGCAGCACUGCUGAGGGGAGGGGGGCGGGUGGGGUGAACCUCUCACACACAGAGGAGGAAAUAGCCUCUGGGCGAAAGUGAAGACAAAGAGCACAUCAUGUAGUGUCAUGUAGUGUUUCGCCAUUCAUGGGGGAGGGUGACAACAUCAUUUUUUUAUUUUUUACUUUUGACAUUUUCACAUUGGCCUCCUACUCAGCAGUCAGAACAGAACGGUGGAGCGUGUGAGCGGUGUGGUUUGCGUGUGAGGUUACCAUGGUCCUCCACAGCUCCCCCUACGGCAGCGGCCUCCUGUCCUUCCUGGACGGCCUCUCGUGGGCCAUGGUGUUCCCCUCCUACUGGCUGCUGGACCGCCUGCUGGCGUCGUGCGUGGCCACCUCUCUGGAGAAGCGUCGGCGCUCCCAGGACCCCUGCUCCUUCCUGACGCUGUGCCUCCUGGUGUCGGCGCCUCUCUACCUGCUCCUGUUCUUGGCCUCGCUGCCCCUCGCCCUCCUGGGCUUCCUGUUGUGGGCGCCGCUGCAGGCGGUCAGGACGCCCUACCUCUACACACACUGCCGUCCAGACAAGCACCAGGCCGAGCAGGGCGGAGCCGGAGCCGGCCUCAGCGAAUGGAGACCUCAGGGACGGAGUUUCUGCUUCGGCAGCGCCAACGUGUGCCUGCUGCCGGACUCGCUGGCUCGCUUCAACAACCUGUCCGACACCCAGCGACGAGCCCGCGAGGUGGGCCGGCGCAUCCGCAGCGGCGCCAGCCGACCGCAGAUCAAGAUCUACAUCGAUUCGCCGACCAACACGUCCAUCAGCGCCGCCUCCUUCUCCAGCCUCGCCACGGGCUUCCGACGCACCUCCUCCCUCGACCAGCGCCCCGAAAACACACCCUUCGCCGCAGAGGCCGAGCCCCAGCCUGACUGCCCUCUCCACCCUAAUGGAGAGCAGGGCUCCGCAGACUGCCCCAUCCACCCGCCAGGGGGGGCUCCUUCCCCCGACUGCCCUCUGCACUCUGGCGGCGCCGGGGAUGAUUCGGCAGACUGCCCCCUCCACUCUGUCGGGGGUCAGAACAGCUCAGACUGCCCCCUGCAUCCCAUCCCCAGCAGCGGGGUGCAGAUCAGCAUCAGUGCCCCUGAGCCGGACCCCCCCCUGGACGAGGAGGAGGAGGGGGGGAAACCCCCCGGGGGAGUCGAAGGGGGCGGGGACUCCUGCAGCAUCAACAGCCGUACCGCCUCCCGGGAGUCCCUGACCCGUUUCCACGGCGACGGAGGCGGCACGGGGGCCGUGUCGUCCAACAACACCCUCUCCCACCGCACCUCCGUCUUCAAGCGGCCGACGGGACGCAAGCGGCGCCACGGCGAGGACGGAUUCGAUCACGAGAUCUCGGCCUUUUUCCCCGCCAACCUGGAUUUCCUGUGCUUGCAGGAAGUCUUUGACCACACUUCCACCUCCAGGCUGCGGAGCCAGCUUCACCGCUAUUUCCCCUUCGUGCUGAGUGACGUGGGCAGCUACGGCUGGAGGCACUGCUGCUCGCACUUCAAGUUCCUGAACAGCGGCCUACUGUUGGCCAGUCGCUACCCAAUCCUGGAUGCCCAUUAUGAGUGCUAUCCCAACGGGCGUGGAGAAGACGCCCUGGCUGCCAAGGGAGUGCUCUUCGCCAAGGUACAGGUGGGCACCUCUCACCAGGAGCAGAGGGUUGUGGGAUAUCUCACCUGUACCCACCUCCACGCCAUCGAAGGUACAUAG